GUAAUAAAUCAAUUAACUAUGCGGCAGUGAAAAUCACAAUUAGUUUUUAACUUAUUCGUUAUACUAUCAACAAAUUGUAAACACCGGUAUAAAAAUGAAAUUUCUACAUUUCUAUACUCUGCUGUUUACUUUAUUAGUAAAUUUGUUGUACUGCAUUUGUCAGGAGGAUAUACUAAAUGACUGGGUAAAUUCCAACAACUGCCUCCCAAACGCGCCGGUGGACCUCGACUUCUGCACAUGCCAGUGUUCCGAAGUAACUACCGCCCUUCGCUCUUCGCCGGACUUACAAUUGGAGGUUUCAAGAAGGCUCCAAAAUAGGCGAAGGAAAGGGGAGAAAACUACCUCUUCAGAUGAAUCAUCUACUAUAAUGCCCUACACCCCAGGGGUUAUGAAGUGCUGGGAGACCUGCGUUGAUACUCUAAUUUAAUUCAAUAAAUGUAUAAAAAAAAAAUUUCGUAGUGAUGAAAUGUUAAGUAAGGAAAAGGAGUUCAAAAUUUAAAGAUUAAGGCCCAUUUAG